AUGAUAACAAUAACAGGUAUCUUCUAUUUUCUUCAUUCCACUGAUAUAGACAAAAAGGAAAAGACAUCUCAUUCGCUAUUUCGGAAUUCAUCCCAGAGAUCGUCUUUAAGUUUAUCGUCAACGAAGAGUCAAACCAUGGGGCACAUUAGCGAGAACAUUAAUGUCAUGGGAGCAUUCGAAGCGAUGUCGAUCGGCAGCACAAUUUUUAAUGGGGGAAGCGAAGAAGACGAGGGAUCGACUAUGUCGGAAACCCAAUUGCAGCAAACCGGAAAGGAUCCGAGAAGAAUUGCGAGAGGUUACCAGAUUGAAUUAUGUCAAAAGGCUUUAAUGGAGAACAUUAUAGUGUAUUUAGAAACAGGUUGUGGCAAAACCCACAUUGCUGUUUUACUUAUUUAUGAGAUCAAACGCCAGAUGAACAAGUCCCAAAAGGAGAUAUGCAUUUUUCUUGCUCCCACUGUGGCUCUUGUUGAACAACAAGCCAAGGUUAUAAGAGAUUCUUUAGAUUUAGAAGUUGGAAUCUAUUGUGGGAGUUCUAAUCGUUUGAAGAAUCAUCAUGAUUGGGAGAAGGAAUUGGAACAACACGAGGUCUUUGUUAUGACCCCACAAAUCUUGUUGCAUAAUUUAUCACACUGCUUCAUUAGGAUUGAGCACAUUGCCCUUCUUAUAUUUGAUGAGUGCCAUUAUGCACAAGUUGAAAGCAAUCAUCCUUAUGCUGAAAUCAUGAAGAUAUUUUACAAACCAGGUGUUGCUAAACUUCCCCGUAUAUUUGGCAUGACUGCAUCACCAAUAUUUGGAAAAGGUGCUUCAAUUGGUAGUCUUGAAACCUUACUUCAUGCCAAGGUUUAUACUGUUGAAGCUAGGGAAGAGCUAGAUCGAUUUGUGUCAUCCCCUAAAGUUAAUGUCUACUAUUAUGGCACUACAAUAAGCAAUUCAUUAAGCCCUCAUGUUACUUAUUCUGCAAGACUUGAAACAAUAAAGGCUGAGUGUAUGUUAGCUUUGAUCACAAAGAUUGAGGAUCCUUCUAUUCUUAAGAACACCAAAAAGGCACUUCAACGUCUUCAUGGAAAUCUGUUGUUUUGUCUUGAAAAUCUUGGCCUUUGGGGAGCAUUACAAGCAUGUCGGAUUUUAUUGAAAGGAGAUCUGGUUGAGAGAAAUGAAGUUAUCGAGGUAAAUGAGGAAUGUAGUGAUGAUAUUCUAUGUGGAAGUUUUCUAUCACAAGUUGCUUCCUACUUCACUUCCGAAUGCAAAAAAGAUUACCCUAUUGAAGCAAACUGCAUGGAAGCCGAUUUAUCAUCCGUGGAGGCUUUGAAAGUUCCGGAUUUCUCUUGGAAGCUCUUACGACUUAUCCAAAUUCUUUCCAAUUUUAGGGCAAUACCGGAUAUGAAAUGUAUAAUAUUUGUGAAUAGAAUCAUAACCGCAAGAUCGUUAGCAUAUGUCCUUCAACAACUUAGGUUUUUGUCCGCAUGGAGGUGUAGUUACCUUGUUGGGGUCCACUCAGGGCUCAGAAAUAUUUCACGAAAAAGCACAAACGCCAUUUUAGAGAAGUUUCGUUCUGGUGAGUUGAAUUUGUUAGUAGCAACAAAAGUGGGAGAGGAAGGGCUUGAUAUCCAAACAUGUUGUCUUGUUAUAAGAUUUGAUCUUCCGGAAACCGUUGCUAGUUUUAUACAAUCAAGAGGUCGUGCACGCAUGCCACAAUCUGAAUACGCCUUUUUGGUAGAUAGGGGGAACCAAAAAGAGAUGAAUUUGAUACAGAACUUCACCAAGGAUGAAGUCAAUAUGAACAAUCAAAUAUCUUCACGAUCAUCAACUGUGAAAUAUGUUGAUUUUGAGGAGAAAACAUAUACAGUUGAUUCAACAGGUGCCACCAUUAGUUCAGGAUCUAGUGUUUCUUUACUUCACCGAUAUUGCUCCAAACUCCCACACGAUGAAUUCUUCAACCCUAAACCACGGCUAUAUUACUUUGAUGAUGCGGAGGGAACAGUUUGUUACAUAAUUCUUCCCGCAAAUGCCCCUAUCUACCAAAUCAUAAGUUUGCCUCAACCAUCUCGUGAAGCUGCAAAAAAAGACGCCUGUUUAAAAGCAUGCCAACAGUUGCAUCAAUUGGGCGCCUUAACCAACUACCUCUUACCCGAUGAUGAAGUUGAUGAAGACACCCAAGAUUCUUCUGAUUCUGAUUCCGAUGAGGAGGAUAACUCACGAAGAGAGCUCCAUGAGAUGCUUGUUCCCUCUGCUCUUCGAGAACCCUGGAUUAAAUCCAAACCACCAAUCCCUCAAGAGGCCGAAAGAAUGAAACUUGAUCUCCAUUUGGCUAAGGGUCGAUCUGUCUUGACCGAAAUCGUCCCAUGUGGCGCCUCCACAUUCGACAACAACGAGAUUGUGCUAGCGGAGAGGUUCCAAGAGAUGUGGCUAAAGGCAAUAGUGGACAAGUCGGAUUUUGCUUCCAAUUUUGUCCCUUUAGGAAAAGAUGAUGUCAGCAAUUCCGUCUCGACAUUCUACCUAAUGCUACCUGUGACUGUUGACCAAGGAGGAUCGAUGAGUGUUGACUGGAAGCUGAUUACAAGAUGUUUAUCAUCACCGAUUUUUAAAUCUCCACGAGAUAUUGGAUUUGAUCAACAUCAACCUUUUUGUUUGGAUGAUUGUUUGUAUCUUGCAAAUGGGCCCACACGGAUCGAUGACAUAGUGAAUAGUUUGGCUUAUGUUCCAUGCAAAGAUACGUUUUUCUUUGUCUCGGAUGUUCUUCAUGACAAGGACGCGUUCAAUCUUUUUAAAGAAAACACAAAUUAUGUCGACCACUAUGCGGAAGUAUUCGGCAUCAAAAUGUCGCACCCCAAUCAACCUCUUUUAAAAGCCAAACAACUCUUUCGAUUGGACAACUUGUUGAGGAAGAGAGGGAAUGCUGAGCCACGAGAAAAGGAGGAGCAUUUCGUAGAGAUACCUCCUGAACUAUGUGUUGUGAAAAUUCUUGGUUUUUCAAAGGACAUUGGAAGUUCAUUGUCAUUAUUGCCUUCAAUUGUACACCGAUUGGAAAGCUUUCUUGUUGCAAUUGAACUGAGGCAUAGACUGUCUGCUUCAUUCCCAGAAGGCUCACAAGUUUCUGCAGAUCGCAUUUUUGAAGCAAUUACUACAGAGAGAUGCAAUGAACGAUUUUCUCUUGAAAGACUCGAGGUGUUAGGUGAUGCGUUUCUCAAAUUUGCAGUUGGUAGACACCUUUUUCUGUUGAAUAAUGCUCUUGAUGAAGGACAACUAACGAGAAAACGUUCCAAUAUGGUUAACAAUUCCCAUUUAUUCAAGCUUGCAUUAUCCAACAAUCUGCAUGUUUACGUACGUGAUCAACCAUUCGAGCCUUUCCAUUUCUACCCUUUGGGUCGAAGAUGUUUGAAAAUAUGCACAGAAGCCACAAGAGUCAGCAUCCAUUCUUCACAUGAGAGCAAUUUAACCACAGGAGUAACCACUGAAGUUAGAUGCAAUAAAGGUCAUCAUUGGUUACAAAAGAAAACCGUUGCAGAUGUUGUGGAAGCUCUUGUUGGAGCUUUUAUAGUUGAUAGUGGUUUUAAAGCUGCAAUUGCUUUUCUUAAGUGGAUUGGCUAUCAGUUUCAUCAUAAAGGUCUUCUCUUACAGGCCUUCUUACAUCCAUCUUACCAUAACAAUUACGGUGGUUGCUAUCAGAGAUUGGAGUUUCUUGGAGAUGCUGUAUUGGAUUACCUGAUCACCUCUUAUCUUUAUUCGGUGUAUCCAAAUUUGAAACCCGGUCAACUCACCGAUUUAAGAUCCCUUUCAGUCAACAAUAAUUCAUUCGCGGGUAUUGCUGUAAAUCGAUCUUUCUACACAUACAUGCUAUGUGAUUCCAAUAGUCUUGUCCUGUCUGUGGAUAAAUAUGCCAAAUUUUUCAAGACUUCUGCAUCAAAGAAUGGUGUAGUAGAAACCGUGUCAUGUCCUAAGGCUCUUGGUGAUUUGGUUGAGUCUUGUGUUGGAGCCAUUCUUCUUGAUUCAGGGUUUGAUUUGGAUGUGGUUUGGAACAUAAUGAUCUCGUUUCUUGAUCCCGUGAUGAAAUUUUCCGCCUUGCAGCUUAAUCCUGUUAGGGAACUUCAAGAACUUUGUCAGUACUAUAAUUGGGAAUUGACGUUUCCGUCCCUAAAGAAAGACGGGGCGUUUACGGUUGAAGCAAUCGUUGAUGGAAUUGGAGUUAGUGACACUGCUUCUGCUACAAAUUUUAAUAAAAAAACCGCCAAGCGAAUCGCGUGUCAGAAACUGUAUUUGUCGUUGAAGGACAAAGGUUAUAAGACGAAAGUGAAAUCGUUAGAGGAAAUCUUGAAAUCGAGUAAAAAAAUGGAGGCGAAAUUGAUUGGAUACGAUGAAAUCCCGACAGAUAUUGAUGUUUCACGUGCCAAUCAAGCUGUGGACUUGAACUCGGAUAAAGUUAGGAAUAUUCCCAUAGAAGGGCAUUCUCGUCAUUUAAAUUCUUCGGUUAAAAGCAGUAGCGGUAUUAGACGGUUGUCACAGCCCACUCCUCAAAGAAGCCCUUCAUCCUCAGACGUCAGUGAUAGCAAUUCACAAGCUCCUUCAGGUGACGGGGUGAAGAAAUCAUCGGCAAAAUCACAUUUAUACGAAAUUUGUGCUAUCAACUGUUGGAAGCCACCUUUGUUUGAAUGUUUCCAAGAAAUGGGACCCGCCCACCUCAAACAGUUUGCAUUCAAAGUGACAGUGAUAAUUGAAGAAGCCUCUAAUACAAUCUUGGAGUGUGUAGGAGAUCAUCGCACUAAAAAGAAAGAUGCAGCUGAGUUUGCAGCUCAAGGGGUAAUUUGACACAAACCUUCAUUUUAUUUGCUUUCCUCUGCCACUCUAAUCCUCCACCACCACCCACCCUUCUACCUCCUCCUUCCUAUCUCUUCAUGGGAAACGUACAUCUCCCCUUCCCCCAUUCUUCAAUUCGACCCUGUUGAUUUCCAGGAGGACAUGAAUCCCAUUGAUUUGAAGGAAAACUUGAAUACCCUUUUGAUUUCAAUUGAGGCAGAUGUCUGGUUCUUUCUUCUCAGAAACUCCUAA